AUGCAGUCGGCUGCAGAGGUUGAAGCAGCACCUGUUUCGACAGCCGAAGGCCAAGCGAAGGAGGCUCAUUCCGACGGUGCAAUUCCCACCACCGGCUUUGACAAGGAGGCGGAUGCAUCAGCCAUGCGUUCAGAAGCGAGCAAGGUGGAGGAGAAGGUCCAAGCACCCGGCAAAGCAGAUCCCGUCUCAGCAGCUGGCAGCGGCACACAGGAAACUGCUGGAUCCUCUGCCGGCGCGGCUUCUGCCAGUGCCAUGCAGUCGGCGGCAGAGGUUGAGGCAGCACCUGUCUCGACCGCCGAAGGCCAAUCGAAGGAGGCUCAUUCCGACGGCGCAAUUCCCGCCACUGGCUUUGACAAGGCAGGCAAUCUGCCCCUGCCCGUUGAAGCAACACCCGCCUCGACGGCCGAAGGCCGAUCGAAGGACACUCUCGUGGACGGUGCAGUUGCUGGUGCGGUUGCCUCCACCGGAGUGGACAAGGAGGCAGUUGCAUCAGCCACGGCUACAGAAGCAACCAAGGUGAAGGAGAAGGUCCAAAUGCCAAGCGAAGAUCCCAACGUGGCAGAAAGCGAUGGCACAAAGGUUGAAGCAACACCCGCCUCGACGGCCGAAGGCCAAUUGAAGGACACUCUUGUGGAGGGUGCAGUUGCUGGUGCGGUUGCCUCCACCGGAGUGGACAAGGAGGCAGUUGCAUCAGCCACGGCUACAGAAGCAACCAAGGUGGAGGAGAAGGUCCAAAUGCCAAGCGAAGAUCCCAACGCGGCAGAAAGCUCUGGCACAAAGGUUGAAGCAACACCCGCCUCGACGGCCGAAGGCCAAUCGAAGGACACUCUCGUGGACGGUGCAGUUGCUGGUGCGGUUGCCUCCACCGGAGUGGACAAGGAGGCAGUUGCAUCAGCCACGGGGACAGAAGCAACCAAGGUGGAGGAGAAGGUCCAAAUGCCAAGCGAAGAUCCCAACGUGGCAGAAAGCGAUGGCACAAAGGUUGAAGCAACACCCGCCUCGACGGCCGAAGGCCAAUUGAAGGACACUCUUGUGGAGGGUGCAGUUGCUGGUGCGGUUGCCUCCACCGGAGUGGACAAGGAGGCAGUUGCAUCAGCCACGGGGACAGAAGCAACCAAGGUGGAGGAGAAGGUCCAAAUGCCAAGCGAAGAUCCCCACGUGGCAGAAAGCGAUGGCGCAAAGGUUGAAGCAACACCCGCCUCGACGGCCGAAGGCCAAUCGAAGGACACUCUUGUGGACCGUGCAGUUGCUGGUGCGGUUGCCUCCACCGGAGUGGACAAGGUCCAAAUGCCAAGCCAAGAUCCCAACGUGGCAGAAAGCGCUGGCACAAAGGUUGAAGCAACACCCGCCUCGACGGCCGAAGGCCAAUCGAAGGACACUCUUGUGGACGGUGCAGGUGCUGGUGCGGUUGCCUCCACCGGAAUGGACGAGGAGGCAGUUGCAUCAGCCACGGGGACAGAAGCAACCAAGGUGGAGGAGAAGGUCCAAAUGCCAAGCGAAGAUCCCAAAGUUGCAGAAAGCGCUGGCACAAAGGUUGAAGCAACACCCGCCUCGACGGCCGAAGGCCAAUUGAAGGACACUCUUGUGGACGGUGCAGUUGCUGGUGCAGUUGCCUCCACCGGAGUGGACAAGGAGGCAGUUGCAUCAGCCACGGGGACAGAAGCAACCAAGGUGGAGGAGAAGGUCCAAAUGCCAAGCCAAGAUCCCAACGUGGCAGAAAGCGCUGGCACAAAGGUUGAAGCAACACCCGCCUCGACGGCCGAAGGUGCAGUUGCUAGUGCGGUUGCCUCCACCGGAGUGGACAAGGACGCAGUUGCAUCAGCCACGGGUACAGAAGCAACCAAGGCGGAGGAGAAGGUGAAAUCGAAAGUUGCAGAGGAUGCUGCUGAUGGGAAGAAGGCACCAGGGGCUGCUCAAGAAAUGCAAAAGCAGACUGCGCCAAGCAGACACACAGAGGCCAGAACCACUCACGUUCCCAAACAGGCGCCAACCGACAAGCCUGCCUCUGGCGACGGCAGCCAGGCAAGUGCAGCAGCAAAGGAUGCUUCCAAGCAGGGUCCAAAGCGCAAGCCCAGGCUGCACGCUUUGGGCUUGGGCGCCGUGCUGAACCUGGAGCCCAAUGCAGAUGCCAACCAGGGGGAGGAGAGGAAGCGAGCAACAGGCCUACUGACGAAGAAGGCCGACUGUCAGAGACCGCGACUAAAGAGGCUGCUGAGCAAGAGCUUCGCAAAGACGAGCAUGGCGAAGAGAAGCAGGACAGUCAGGAGCAACCUGCAAGUUCCACCGGAGACGACCCUCAGGAUCGGAAGCAGGAGCGGAAGCGGAGGCUUCGCUCACUCGGCCUGGCUGCUGCACUGUCACUGGAGGAGCAGCCUCAAGGAGGGGAUCCAGAACCAGGUGCCUGCUGUCUUGGGCUCGACAAAGGCCACCGAGACGGCCGAGGAUAAGGCUUUCGCUGAGCUACAAGCCAAAGCCAGGGCCAAAGCGGCCCAGACCUCGGUUGAGGACGUGACCACCGAAGAUUCCAAAGAAGCUGCCAAGUCAGAACAGAAGGCUGCGGCAGCGGCACCGGCUGCAGCGGCAAAGGUGGCAGUGUGGAAAAACAAGGGCGAGGAGGCACGAGCCGCGGGUGAAGCUGCAGCCGCGGCAGCGCUGGGCACUGGGCGAGGUGCCACUGAGGCUCGGACGGACAGGGUCCGGGCAUACGUGCGGAAUGUUGGAGCCCGUGCAGCCUCGGACAUUGUGUCAUGGAGGCGAACCUUGCAUUCGGCACCAGAGUUGAUGUAUCAGGAGUUUGAGACUUCACGCCUUGUCCAGACGCAGCUGGGUGCCAUGGGCGUGAAUUUCACAGCGGGCUGGGGCGUGAACACGCGUCCAGAUCGCAUAGUCGGUGCUGGCGGCACUGGCGUUGUGGCUGAGAUUGGCCAUGGCCAACCAAUCGUCGCGCUCAGGGCUGACAUGGACGCGCUGCCGAUCCAGGAAGAGACCGCCGUGCCGUUCAAAUCUAAGAACCACGGCCGCAUGCAUGCGUGUGGGCACGAUGGCCACACCGCUAUGCUACUAGGAGCUGCGAAGGUGUUGACCACCAUUUCGAAGGAAAGCCCAUCAGCCAUCCCAGCUUCGGGUACGAUUCGCUUGAUAUUCCAGCCAGCAGAGGAAGGAGGUGCUGGAGCUAAACGGAUGUGUGAGGAGGGUGCCAUUCGCGACGUCAAGCGCGUUUUUGGCUUGCACAUCUGGCCCACGAUGCCAAGUGGCACACUGGCCGGUCGACCUGGCCUGGCGAUGGGUGCUGCGGAUAACUUUGAUUUCCGCAUUCAUGGGCGAGGUGGGCAUGGUGCUAUGCCCCAUCUUUCCGUUGAUCCAGUGGUGGCGGGCACCGCUGUCGUUCAAGCAGCACAGGCGAUCAUCUCUCGCAACACGGAUGCCUCAGACUCGGCAGUCAUCAGCAUCACGAAGUUUCAUGCGGGCGACGCCCCCAAUGUGAUUCCAGCUGAGGCAGCUCUUGGUGGCACAAUCCGUGCCACUUCGAGUGAGAAGCUGAAUGCUUUGCGAGCCCGGUUGAUGGAAGUAGCGGAGACCACAGCCCGAGCAUACGGAUGCACAGUUUCUAAUUGGACGUUCAUGCCGGAUCCAUUCCCACCGACCAUCAAUGAUGCUAACCUGUGGGAGUGGGUGGUCCAGGAGGCGUCCACAGGUCCCGGCGCCUUUCCUGUUGUAACCGUCCCUCCGACCAUGGGCGCUGAAGACUUUGCGUUCUACGCUGAGGAGGUCCCAGGCGCAUUUGUGUUCCUUGGGCAAGGCACUGGGCAUACCACUGCCGCGCCAGUUUCAGGUGAUUUUCCAACAAAUGUGUCAGUUCAUAAUCCUCGUUUCAAUAUGGAUGAGAACGUACUUCCAUUAGGAUCCGCCCUCUUGGCGCAUUUAGCUUUACGCUCCCUGGAAAGCCUGUCAGGCCCCAAGCACGAACAGGAGUUGUAG